AUGGCCAACGCGCCGAGGAUCUUGGCGGUCCUGGCUCUCGGGCUAGCACUCCUCUGCGGCGCUGCGCCGGUCCGGCCGCCGCACAGAACUGCGGCUGCCAGCCAGGCUACUGCUGCAGCCAAACCAGGCCCCGAACUGGUGCGAGGGCAAGAACUUCUACACGCGAAGCGCGUUCCUGAACGCCGUCAACGCGUACCCAGGCUUCGCCCGGCCAUGGCAGCUCGGACCUCGGAGGUGGAGGGCAAGCGUGAGAUCGCCGCCUUCUUCGCGCACGUCACGCACGAGACCGGACAUUUCUGCUACAUCAACGAGAUCAACGGGGCGAGUAGGAACUACUGCGACGCCAGCAACAGGCAGUGGCCAUGCGUCCCGGGGAAGAAGUACUACGGGCGCGGCCCGCUGCAGAUCUCGUGGAAUUACAACUACGGGCCUGCCGGAAAGGCCAUCGGCUUCGACGGGCUCGGGAACCCAGACAAGGUGGCACAGGACCCCGUGAUUGCGUUCAAGGCGGCGCUCUGGUUCUGGAUGAACAACGUGCACGGGGUGAUGCCACAGGGGUUCGGUGCCACUAUCAGGGCCAUCAACGGCGCCCUCGAGUGCAAUGGCAAGAACCCCGCCGCGGUGAACGCGCGUGUGGGCUACUACAAGGACUACUGCAAGCAGUUCGGCGUCGACCCGGGGAACAACCUCACCUGCUAG